CAGUGAUGUGUGCGUUUGCGUGCUUGCGUGUGUGUUUUGGUAGUUAAGUGAAACUACCAGUCACAUCCUGGUUUCUGCAGACUAAAGUGACAACAGGAAACUGCGCACGCAGUGUGUGUUCCUUGUAAUAAAAAUAUUUUAAAAAAUCACCCGUUCUGUAACCGACCGCGAAAGAUCGAUAUCUAGUAAUGUGGCCAUCCUACUCGCCGUUAUAGCAGCUGCAUCAGAUUGCACGGAGCUAGGUCAUCUGGCGAGUGAUUCCCGUACACCAGCAACGUAGCUCACGUCCUUAUCACUUUUAGCAGCGUUCUGAAGAAUAAAAAAUAACUUACAAUCAGGAUUAAACUUGGAGGGAUACCGGAGCGCCUGUCAACAAGCGCACUACCUUCCUGAGACAGCUACACGAGUGGAGACAUUAACAUCUGUUGAGCGGGAGGACUCCGCAUUACGUCACUAUAGCGAUGCCGGAGAAUCUGUGCACCUGUCUGGAAAGGAUCGGUAUUGAGCAGUCACACUUCUGACUGGUAAACUGUUGUGACAGCAAGUCUUGGUGUGUGCUACACAGCGACCGGGCCUGGGGUAGAAAAUUGCAAGAAGAAAUUUGCAUUAGCCACAGCGUUGACCAGAUCGAUGGCGAAGCUUUUCCGAACGAUAAAGUGUCCAUCGGAAGAUCUCUCCCUGACUAACUGCGUAUUAGUUAACGAUGGAGAUUUCAAUGGAGUGAAGCAUAUUCAAGUAACACCAUCAGGACAUAGCCAUUUUGUGUUUACUGUGUUGGCACACCCAACAGUACCUCCAGGAAAGCUAGCUUUCAAUGCAGCUCAGAGAAAAUGGGCAGGCAUUGUUCUAAACUCCGAUGUCAAAGUUCAGCAAUUCCAAUUCAAUGCCAAGACACAAUGCAUUGGUUCUGUGGUCCUGGAGAUCGAGCCACUGCAAAAAAAGAGCUCGACCCCACCACAGAGCCUGGACAGUGACAAGUUGGCUACAGAAUUCUUGAUGACAUUUGGGGGUCACAGUUUGUCAGUAGAACAGCCUGUAGUCUUUGGAUAUGAUUCCAAACUAUACAGCCUAUUGGUCAAGGAAGUUGAAGUGUUGGACUUCACAUAUGCGAAGGGACAACAGGUUUCAGGAAAACCUAAAUUGGCCAACAUUGGGCUGCUGACUCCAAAUUCUGGUGUGAUCUUUGAGAAGGCAGAGAACUCCAAUCUAAACCUUACUGGCAAGGCGAAAGGAAAGUCCUCUUAUCAGUCAAUUAUCAAUCCAGACUGGGAUUUCAACAAAAUGGGGAUUGGUGGCCUUGAUAAAGAGUUUACUGCCAUCUUCAGGAGAGCAUUUGCAUCACGAGUGUUUCCUCCUGAAAUUGUGGAGCAGCUGGGUAUGAAGCAUGUUCGAGGUAUUUUGCUGUUUGGACCACCGGGGACAGGCAAAACACUGAUGGCAAGACAAAUAGGCAAGAUGCUCAAUGCAAGAGAGCCCAAAAUUGUCAAUGGUCCACAGAUUCUUGACAAAUAUGUAGGAGAGUCAGAGGCGAAUAUCAGAAAGCUCUUUGCUGAGGCAGAAGAAGAGGAAAAAAGGUGUGGAGUUAACAGUGGUCUUCAUAUCAUUAUUUUUGAUGAGAUUGAUGCUAUCUGCAAAUCAAGAGGUUCUGUGGCAGGUAAUACUGCUGUACAUGAUACAGUUGUUAACCAGCUUCUUGCCAAACUGGAUGGAGUAGAACAGCUGAACAACAUUCUUGUUAUUGGUAUGACUAAUAGAAAGGACAUGAUUGAUGAAGCAUUGCUUCGUCCAGGCCGGCUAGAAGUGCAAAUGGAAAUUGGCCUGCCAGAUGAAUUUGGUCGACUUCAAAUUCUGACAAUUCACACAGAAACUAUGAAAAAGCAUGAGAAGCUGGAUGCUGAUGUUGAUCUCUCAGAGCUUGCAACACUGACCAAGAACUUCAGCGGAGCAGAGAUUGAAGGGUUGGUGCGAGCAGCACAGUCUACAGCCAUGAACAGGCUCAUCAAGGCAUCAUCAACUGUGGAGGUGGACCCUGAUGCCAUGGAGAAGCUAAGAAUCCGAAGAACAGACUUCAUGCACGCCCUACAACAUGAUGUCAAACCAGCCUUUGGCAGCAGUAAAGAAGAGCUGGAGACAUUCCUAUCUAAUGGUAUCAUCAACUGGGGUGAGCCUGUGAAACAUGUGCUGGAGGAUGGAGAGCUGAUUGUUGGACAGACACGAUCCAGCGACCGCACACCAUUGGUCACAAUGCUUUUGGAAGGUCCUCCUGCCAGUGGCAAGACUGCUUUGGCAGCUAAGAUAUCAAAGCUUUCAGAUUUCCCAUUCGUUAAACUGUGCAGUCCUGAGAAUAUGAUUGGAUAUCAUGAAGCUGCCAAGUGCCAGGCAAUCAAGAAGAUUUUUGAUGAUGCAUACAAAUCUCCACUCAGUUGUAUCGUCAUUGAUGAUAUUGAGAGAUUGCUUGACUAUGUUCCAAUUGGUCCUCGUUUUUCUAACCUGGUUCUGCAGGCUUUGCUGGUGCUGCUGAAAAAGGCUCCACCUCCUGGUCGGAAGCUGCUGGUGAUUGGAACAACCAGUCGUAAGGAUGUGCUGAACGAUUUUGAGAUGCUGAAUGUCUUUUCCACGGUUGUGCAUGUAUCAAACAUCUCCAGCAGUGAGCACUUGCUGACAGUGUUAGAACACUCAGAAGUUUUUAGCAAGGACGAGGUGGAUGUCAUCAAAAAGAAGACUCAAGGAAGACGACUUUUCAUCGGGAUCAAAAAGCUGUUGGUGCUCAUUGAAAUGGCUAGACAGACAGACAUUGGCGAACGUGCUUCAAAGUUCAUAUGCAUUUUAGAAGAUGAAGGCGCCCUGGAAUAUGCCUAAAAAUUACAUCUGGUGUUCUUCGUUCUAUCUGUAAAUCAACAUCUGGAAGCCAGCAAACAUCACACAGUGCAGUGCUGCAAGUUUUAGUCAUGCUGCAGUUUCCUAGUCAUUAGCUGAAAUAAUUGUUCUUUGCUUGUGUGUUUCAUUUAUAAAUACAAAAUUUUCAACAUCAUUUGAGUGACUGCAUGAUCCCAUGGAUUCAGAUAUAUGCAUGCACUUGUGUGCGAACGUGCUAAAUUCCACAGAGAGAAGGUGGCAGAAAGCUCAGUCGUCCGUUUGCAAGGUGGACGAGUUACCUCCCCUACGUGUAGACUUACACUUCGUGUUGAGAGACUUGCUGUGAUAACUGGAAUAAUACCACUUUUAGAAUGGGACCGAUGACAUCCACUAUUUGAAGCAGAUAAAAAAGUGAAUUUAAGCAAUUUUUUAAAUAUUUCAAAAGUUUUAAUUGUUUUCUUUACAUUCCAGUAUUUCUGUAGGUCAUCUUGGUGUUUUGACACCUUGUUGUGCAUGCAAUCCGGAAUGGAUGUUGGGUCAGUGGCUUAUCUUAGGCUUUAGAUUGUGAGUAGCAGACGGGUCUAGUCGUUAGUCAAUGAUGCAGAUAUGUAUUCUUUUCCACUUCAUCUUCGCAGUGUAGUAUUAGCUUUGUUAAAACAAAUAUGUUAUCUUAUUCUGAUGGCUAUAGAAUGCAGUUUUUCUCAUUGUGAUAGGUCAGUUAAACAGGGCUAUAAAUUGCAAAUAAUCUGCCACUCUUUUCCGUAAAGUGCAGAAGUUGCUUUGAGCCCUCUCAGAUAUACAAACACAUUAAAUAUGGUUAUAAAGGCAAAUUUGUCUUAACAGAUCCCGUUUAUUUGCUCUAUGUGUGUGAAAGUGUCCAAAUAGUUCAGAAGAUAAAUGAAGUCUGAGAAAUCUUUGUUGUGUAAUAUUUCAUACCAACGCUCAUUCAGCACAUCUCUAGUGUCUCUGUUUCAACUUGUGAUAGAAUCCACUUGUGGAUGUAAAACCGUUUGCCUUCAGGAUUUACUUAUUAGACUCUUUAAACAUAAAAUUCUUUAUUAUUGUCCUUUUCUUUUUUUAAGAUUAGUCUUUCCAAGAUCUUUGAGAUGCGUAGCUGUUUGCAGUAGAGGUCUACAAACUAAGGUCUGAACCGCAAACUGAGCUGGUGACCUUUGAGCCAGAUAUGUUCCUGAAGCUAGCUGCUAUAGUUUACAUCUUCACCAUCUAGUGUGAGAAGCACAAAUCCUACUGGAAAAAAGUCAAAAUAUGGCAUUGAGUUUGCGAAACGGUUGGAAGUUUUGAGGACAGAAGUGAUGCUGAUUGUAACUCUAAAAACAUGGCUUUGAAAGGCCUGUAAUGCUGUUGGCAGGUCCUGUAACUUGGCACCUGUAGCCUCUGUCAAGCAAACAGCUGGAAUUGAGAGCGUCAUUUGUUCCCUGGUCUCGCUGGAAAAUAAGUUUCUUUCCACAGAUUCCAUCGUCACGAGCCAGUGUCGCAGAUAUUUACAUUCUUUCCCUUAAAUAUUUUUUAAUAUCUCUCUCUCUGCACAUUGGUGAAGUCAAUAGGGCGGGUUUUUAUAGAGAUAGAACCAUUUGAAUUUUAGUCUUGUGCUCUUCAUUUACUUUCAAGACACGGUAUCUUUCGUCUUAAUGAAAAAGAGACCGAGAAUUUCCUGUGGUACCGAUGACCAGCGUGCAGAAAUUUGUUAUAGAUAAGCACUGGACAAUCUGUCUUUGCUGCUUAGAACUUUUGAUUGACCAUUUUACACAGUUGUAAAAUUAUCAUUUUAGUAUACAUUUUCAUCUAAAUGUUAAAAGUUUGCUUUAUUCAUUAUACAUUUUUGUGCGUUUCUCACAGUUCAGAAAUAGAUGUACAUUCUUGCAUAAAAUAUAUUGGCGUUGAUUGUGGUACGAUUUUGUACCAUCGGUAGCUUUUUUUUGUUUUGACACGCACAUUGUUACAAAUACUUCUAUCGGUAGUUUAUGACUCAACACAAUUUUACUACACUGACGUUGAUGUGAGUGUUUUAUCAACACUAGUGGUGAGUAAAUAGUUAAUAUUAUUUCAAAGGAAUACGUUUUAAUUGUAUAGAAGACCUAUUGCACUAACAAUGUAGUUGACAGUUGUGUUCACUUGAUACAGCUUGCUAGAACCGACAAAGAUGCAUGCUCGUAUUUUGUUAAAAGCCGCCAAAUGUUUGCAUUUGUCCCAAGAGCGGUUUUGCAUGUUGAAUUUAUAGACUAGCUGACCUUUGACAGUGGAUACACCAUUUUUACAGUGACUUUACGUGAACAAUCUCAUUAUAAUGUGCUUUGACUAUUCACCGCUGUAAGCAGAUGUCGAACACAAGCUAGCCAUUUCCCCAUAGGUUCGUUCGUAAUUCAUUCAUUCUUUCUCUCUUUCAACUCACCACAGUGAAAUAAGAUUAGUAAAAAGCUUUGUAGUUCAUGCUUUUUGUACAAAAAAGGGGUAUUAGGGAAAGGGGAAUCCACAUAGGUCUUUACCUAACGAUAAUUUUACAGUCGGUAGAUCUCCAUGUUUACACAAUUGAUGCCCUCUACCUCCUUCCCCCUUUUCAACGUUUUUACUCCGAUACUCAUUGAUUGUACCUUUGUCAGUAAAUUACGGAACAAGCAUUAUGCAGGUGUAAAUAAAAUACCUCGAUGGUUCAA